AUGGCUGCCGACGGAGGAUGCGGGGAAACGGUGGACCAAUACCGGGCCGAGGUGGAGCGGCUCACCCAGGAACUGGCCGAGGCGAACCGGGAGAAGAUCCGGGCUGCAGAAUGCGGUCUGGCUGUCCUGGAGGAGAACCAGACGCUGAAGCAGCAGUAUGCGGAUCUGGAGUCCGAGCAGGAGACCCUGAGGAGGGAGCUGGAGCAACUACAAGAGGCAUUUGGCCAGGCGUACUCCAACCAGCGCAAGGUGGCGGAGGAUGGGGAGAGCAACGAGGAGACGCUGCUGCGGGAGUCGGCGUCAAAGGAGGCCUACUACAUGGGCCGUCUGCUGGAGCUGCAGUCGGAGCUGACGCUGAGCCGCUCUGUGGCCUCCAACGCCCAGGCGGAGACUGAGAGGCUCAGCGCGCUUGUGCAGGAGCUGCGAGAGAGUAAUGAGAUGCUGGAGCUUCAGAGGAGCAGGAUGAGGGAGGAGAUCAGGGAGUAUAAGUUCAGAGAGACCAGGCUGCUGCAAGACUACACAGAGCUCGAGGAAGAGAACAUCACUCUGCAGAAGCUGGUUUCCACGCUCAAACAGAACCAGGUGGAGUACGAGGGACUGAAACAUGAGAUUAAGGUGCUCGAGGAGGAGACGGUUCUCCUCAACAGCCAACUGGAGGAUGCACUACGCCUAAAGGACAUCUCUGAGGGCCAAUUAGAGGAGGCCCUUGACGCCCUGAAGAGCGAGCGCGAGCAGAAGAACAAUCUGCGAAAGGAGCUGGCCCACCACAUCAGCCUGAGCGACAGCGUCUACGGAGCAGGGGCGCACCUGGCCCUCACCGUCACCGGCGUCGAGGGCCUCAAGUUCCCGGAGGAGACGAACGGAACGAAUGGCACCAACGGCAGCGCCAUGCCCGCCGCUAACGGCAACAACGAGGACAGCAACCGGUGCAACGGCCACCUCCACGCAGGCACAGGAUUGGCCAAGAUGAACGGGGACUACCGCCCGGGCCGGAAAGGGGAAGCUCUGCACCCGGUGUCCGACCUGUUCAGCGAGCUCAACCUGUCGGAGAUGCAGAAGCUCAAGCAGCAGCUCCUGCAGGUGGAGCGUGAGAAGGCGGCGCUGCUGAUGAACCUGCAGGAGUCACAGACCCAGCUGCAGCACAUGCAGGGUGCCCUGACCGAGCAGCACGAGCGCGUCCACCGCCUCACCGAGCGCGUCAAUGCCAUGAAGCGUCUCCAUGGAGACAAAGAGCUUGAUGACCCACAGGAGAGCGAGAAGCCGGAUGGCGGCUCCCCGUCGCCACCAGCCAACGGUCGGUAUGACCCGGAUAUCCAUGGGUUUGAGAUCCUGGAGUGUAAGUACAAGGUGGCAGUGACGGAGGUGAUCGACCUGAAAGCAGAGCUGAAGGCCCUGAAGGAGAAGUACAACCAGGCUGUGGAGGGGCAGGGAGAGGAGCACAGCCCCAGUGACGACCGGGUGCAGGCACUGAGUGAACAGGUGACUAACCUGGAGCGCUCCUAUCGUGAGGGCCGGGAGAAGGUGGUGUGCCUGGAGGCGGAGCUCCGAGCAUCCUCGAGCAUGGCUACAGAGAGCCAGAGCAUGCUGAACGCAGCGCAGGAUGAGCUGGUGACCUUCAGCGAGGAGCUGGCCCAACUCUACCACCAUGUCUGCCUGUGCAACAAUGAGACACCCAACCGUGUCAUGCUGGACUACUACCGCCAGAGCCGUGUCACGCGCAGCGGCAGCCUCAAGGGAUCUGACGACCCCCGGGCCCUGCUCUCCCCCCGCCUGGCACGACGUCUAGCGGCGGCCUCGGCGGCCUGCGGCUCAGAGUCCCCGCGCAGUCCCAUGGAUUCUCCUUCCAAAGAGCCGCAGCCCAGUGACACAACAACCACAUCCAACACAGCGGACAGGGAAUCUCCAGCAUGCCAAGGCAGCCCCAACCACACCCCCAUGGGUUCACCAGUAAUCAGUGUUUCUCAUUCUCCAUCCCCAGUGCCCUCUGAGGCGGGCGGGGACCUGCGGAAGGAGCCCAUGAACAUCUACAACCUGAACGCCAUCAUCAGAGACCAGAUCAAACACCUCCAGAGGGCCGUAGACCGCUCUCUGCAGCUGUCCAGGCAGAGGGCUGCAGCCAGGGAGCUGGCACCCAUGCUUGACAAGGACAAAGAGUCCUGUAUGGAGGAGAUACUCAAGCUCAAGUCCCUGCUCAGCACCAAGAGGGAGCAGAUAGCCACACUUAGGCUGGUGCUCAAGGCCAACAAACAGACAGCAGAGGUUGCGCUGGCUAAUCUGAAGAGCAAGUACGAGAAUGAAAAGUCAAUGGUUACAGAGACCAUGAUGAAGCUGAGGAACGAGCUGAAGGCUCUGAAAGAAGAUGCUGCCACCUUCUCCUCUCUCAGGGCAAUGUUUGCCACCAGAUGUGACGAGUACGUCACGCAGCUUGAUGAAAUGCAGAGGCAAUUGGCAGCGGCCGAAGAUGAGAAGAAGACGCUGAACUCCCUCCUCCGUAUGGCUAUCCAACAGAAGCUGGCCUUGACCCAGCGCCUGGAGGACCUGGAGUUCGACCAUGAGCAGACCCACCGCGGCCGAGGCGCUAAAGUGCCCAAGAUCAAAAGCAGCCCGCCCAAAUUUUUUGUAGAUUGUCAGCAGCCUGCUGCCUCAGUAUCGUCACUCUCCCCACAACUAAGGCGAGGGAGAGCCUCCCGAGCCCGCAGUCUUAACAUUGCGCCAGGCCUCCAGGAACACCAAGCAGUCCUCUUCAGCAGCAGUAGCCCUCUCUCCCCCUGCGACCCUCGUAACUGCCUGGCCCAGCAGCCCCAGCCCCCCGGCAGCUAACCCUGCUGCUCCAGCCCGGGCCCUCCCGCGGGUCUGGAAGGAGUCAUGCAGAGACAGAGACACUCUGUGUGGGGGUUCCCUCAGUUUAACCCCCCUCCCAGCCUAGCCAUCUACCCUGGUGCCUACUGGUCCCUGUGACCCCCAAAAAUGCUACGGCCCCACCCUGACAGGCCCCGCCCCCUCCUGGUUACCAGGGUCGCAGAGCAGGAGCAGGACGCUCUCUUCCUCUCUGGCUGAGCUCAAAUGACAUCGCAGCCCGGCCAGCAACACCAAAUCAAACACGGAGGACUGAACUGCGGUGCAAACGCCAGAGUGACAAAUCACGGGAAUGUUGUCCCUUAUCUAUAUUAUUAUUUAUUUAUUAUCUAUUUACUUGAUUGGUUAUUUAUUUACAUAUUGAUUUGUGAUAUGUUUAUGAGAUAUUUAUUACCGGAAUGUUUUUUCUGUGACAUAAUUUGAGUGUUUGUUGGUCAUCCUUUGAGAUGGAAUUCAAGAUACGUUUUAUUGCUGUGGUGUAGACAUCGAUAAUGACAGCUCAUUUAGCGCAUUCAUUACAUGGCCAAUUCUAUAAUCUUCAACAAAGGGAAAGAAAAAAAAACACAAUUUCCUUUCAGUAAAACUUCUUUCUGGUGAAGUGAGAAGGUUUAAAACUUGCCUAACACACUAAACAUCAUAUCAUACAAUAUGGCAUUUAAAAUGUUAGAUUUUGUCAGCAUAGUAAAAGGCAAAUAUGUCCCAUUUUUACGUGGUAGUGUUAUAGUAUAUCGAGUUUGACAUUGCAAACAGACUAAUGAAAGUAAACAUUGCAUUACAAGGAAACCAUGUUUGUUGUGGUGGUGAUGGGUUGAUUUCAACUACCCUUUCUAACGUCACUAUUCUUUCUUGGGAUGCUUGUUUUUUUAUACAAAACCUUUUUUUGCAAGACAUGUGCAUAAAGACUAUAUUUUAUACCUCCAUUAUUUUUUUUGUUUGUUUUUACUGCAGUUUCUGAUGAGGUGGUUGUGUUUGUCAUGUAGCUCAGAUCUCUAGCGGAGAGGCUCAAGGUUUGACAUGAGGACUAGGGCUGUUGGCCUGGGUGUGGCCUUUUGAAUUGCACAGAUUUACUUGACCAUGGAGUGAACUGACCUCGUUCCUUUUAGCAUUAGUUACAGAGAGAGAGGAUUCCCCCGAAAGGUGUGCCUCUUCUUGAGUUAUGAUCGCCAUAAUAAGGACAAUGUAUUCUAACCACAAAGUGUCGUCUCUGUCCUCUCGAUGGAUUCUGUCGCCGUGUUUGUCAAACCCCUUCCAAAAAAACCUGAAGCUCCUACCAUAGCAGUGUUGACAAGUUCAAGUUGUCCCGGUGCAAUGAAAUCUGCAUUGAAUUCAAAUCAUUCAGUUAAUUAUCCCAUGCUUUACACACGUCUGUCAUUUCAACAUCUCCGUUCCCUGUAGCUUUCUCCACAUGCCUCCUCCAAGCAGUACAAAGUACAAAGCACAAUUAUGCACUAUGCAUUGAAGCAAUAGCACUGGUCGUAGAGUGAUUCGGGUAAGGUUUACCCAAUCUUCCCACCAUUUCUGUUACCACAAACUAACCAGCAAUAUGGCAGAAACUGCUCCCAAAAUUCUUCUCAGAGUGAAAAUCAAGCUUUAUUGGGGAUGUAUUUUUCAGCAAGCCUGUCAAUGUCCUUUGACAGCUUAGCAACAGACACACCAAGAUAACGUUUCUUUUGGAAACAUGGUACUGACGAGGGGCAAUGGGACACAGUCUGACUGAGGCGGAUGUCGUCUGUGUCGUUUUGCGGUUGCAGAAUUAAUCUGAGUCCAGUCUCCUCUGAUUUUACACCCUAUUACUAUUUUUAAAUGAUAACAUCUGUUCUCUUCACUGCACUGAAUACACACUUUUUGAGGAUGGAUACGAGGCAGAUGCAUUGAGAUUGUCUCCUUUGGAUUAAACCAUUGUACAUUCGUUCACCCAUGUGGUUAGAUAUAUUCACCGUCUGGGGUGUGUUCUUGUGAGAUGUACAGUAGCCAUAGAGGACAAUCACCAACUAACAUCCACACACACAGUUAUAGUGUUGUGAUGGCAGAUGAAAGCAUGCUUGUGACAACAGCGGGGAAUGAGUGGGUGAUUUGUGUUCUGUAUGUGUACACAUCUGUUGGAUUUUGUCUCUUUGUCUAUGUUAACAGUGUAGAUUGUUAAUUUUGCGAAACACAGAGUCACUCAAAUAUUCGGGGUCCGAAAAGGGGCCUCUGAACCCGGGCUCUUUAAUGAUAAAAUUUUCCCUUACUCCCUUGGUUUGUUUGCACAAUAUAACGGUGAAAGAUAGUGACAAGAGACUAAGCAAAUUAAAGAAGAACAUGGUUUCAAAAAAAGACGAAGAAAGGCAGCAAUAUACUACAUUGGAUUUUACUGUUUCUGUGCCAUUGAAAACAGUGUUCAAGUUGUUUCACUAGUAAAUAAAAGAUCUGUCCUUGGAUUU